AUGCCAGCCCUCCCCCCCGAUGGCGACUACAUAACAAUCUCCCAACUCGUCGAACCCCCCACCGUCCCCAGCUGGCGCUCUCACGACCCAGCCCGUAGCGCCAAACGAACCGACCCCUUUGCGUUUGGACAACGCUACCUCGAAGAAGGCGACGACGUCUUCUCCUACAAUGCCUGGGACCACGUCGAAACCGACGAGGAUUAUAAAGCCUAUGCCGAACUGCAAUACGCCAAGCAACGCGAAAACCCCGCUUCAGACUGGCACAAGUCACUCUACAACUCGAACCCGGCAAAAUUCUGGGACCGAUUUUAUAAAAACCACAACCAGAACUUCUUCAAGGAUAGGAAGUGGUUGAGGCAGGAGUUCCCAGUGUUGGCGGAAGUCACGAAACAGGGUGCGGGGCCUAAGGUGGUGUUGGAAGUUGGUGCCGGCGCGGGGAAUACGGCGUUUCCUUUGAUCAAUAAUAAUGAGAAUGAGGAGUUGAAGGUUUUUGCGUGCGAUUAUUCGAAGAAUGCUGUCAAGGUGAUGCGGGAGAGUGAACAUUAUAAUGAGAAGUUUAUGCGCGCCGAAGUGUGGGAUGUCACAUCAGAAGAGGAAGAGAUAGACGGAGAGAUAAAGUCUUCCAUGCCGCCUGGGGUAGAAGAAGGCUCGGUUGAUGUUGUAAUCCUCAUCUUUAUCAUGUCUGCACUCGCACCGGAUCAGUGGAAUGCGGCACUCCGGAAUAUACAUCGAGUCCUCAAACCGGGUGGUCUUGUGUUGUUUCGUGAUUAUGGCCGUGGAGACCUUGCGCAGGUGCGAUUCAAGAAGGAGCGCUAUCUUUCGGAGAACUUUUAUGUGCGCGGUGAUGGAACGAGAGUUUACUUCUUUGAUGAAGAGGAAUUGAGGCAGAUGUGGAGUACUUGGACGCCAGAAAAGGGAUUGCCGAUGGUGAAUAAUGAUAUUAGCACCGAAAAUACUGAUAGCCCUGAAUUGGCAGAGAACAAGGAGGAACAACAGACGGAGACUAGCACGGAGAAAACAACAGAAGAAUCAAUCGACAAGAAUCAAGAAGAACAAGAGCAGACAGAGGACACUGAAGGCGCCUUUGAGGUGCUCAAUCUGGGCAAAGAUCAGAGGCUGUUGGUCAACCGCCAGAGGAAGCUCAAAAUGUAUAGAUGCUGGAUACAGGCUCGUUUCAGGAAGCGAGUCCCUGGUGAGACCAGUGCAGAUCAACAACCGGCACCGACGGCAGAAUCAAUUGCAGAAGGACUUGCGGCUACUACUUUAUAG